ACAAGAAACAAAUAUCUUUAAAAAACUCAAAUCCCUACGCCUCUGUUCCCACCCCUGCAGGCCUCUGAGGGGAUGAAGCUGAAGUCGCAGCACAUCUCCACCCUCGUGGUCAGUCUGGCCGACUUUGUUCGCAUGGCGGACAGGAAGAUAAUCGCCAACGCGUUGUCUCAACUCAAGCUGGAGCUAGACUUUGACAGCACGGCCAUCAGUCAGCUGCAGAUCGUGCUGUUUAGCUUCCAGGACGCUGUAAACAAAGUGCUGCGAAACCACAACAUCAAGCCUCACUGGAUGUUCGCUCUGGACAACAUCAUCCGGAAAGCUGUGCAGACGGCCAUCACCAUCCUGGUGCCAGAGCUGAGGCCUCACUUCAGCCUGGCCUCAGAGAGCGACCCGGCGGAGCACGAGGACGUGGACGACGACAUGGAGCCGGAGAGGACCUCCACGCACCACAGCCGGACGCCUACGGUCGCUCUGGACGAAGCGGUGGUGACCUCCGGGGUCAGCACGCUCAGCUCCACCGUCUCUCACGAGUCCCACAAUGCACAGCGCUCUGUGAGCAUGGAGCUGGGCCGCAUGAAGCUGGAGACCAACAGGCUGAUGGAGCAGCUGCUGGAGAAGGAGAGGGAGUAUCAGGCCAUCCUGCAACAAGUCCUGGAGGAGAGAGAGCAGGAGAUCAGACUGCUGAGGCUGCGGUCUGACCCCCCCACAGACGUCCCGACAUCAUCAGGUGACCCCGAGGAGGAGAGGAGUCUGCCAGCAGUGAGACAUGAAGACUCAGAGGUGUCCAGCUGGCUGAGGCUCUACGGCGCCGACCAGGACUCCAUCGACAGAAUACUGAACGAAGAGUACACGCUGAACGACAUCCUCCACGAAGUAACAAGAGAUGAUCUGAAGAGUUUAAGUCUGAGAGGCGGGAUCCUGUGUAAACUAUGGAAGGCCAUCACAGACUACAGGCAGCAGCCAACCUGAGGCCUUAAGUGUUGACGACCACCUCCACCCCAAAAACUCAGUAUUCUCCUCUUUACCUCAGUAUUUAUAAGAGCAAGACUUUUAGGAGAAGAACCUGUGUUUGCCGUGUGCACAAAGCAGCUUUCCACUCGCACAAGGAACUCUUUAACUGGUCUCUGCUGAGUAUUUUGAUAGCUUUGGAAAACAAGGAUUUGGGGAAAAAAGGUCACUUUGAAAGCAACAAUUACUAAGAAGUGCCAUAAAUUGUGCUUUGCCUGAUGGAAAACACAGCGUUUUGUUACAGGUGUGUAAAAAAUGAGAAAAUCUUAACUAUAAAAACAUUUUCUCCUGUCUUUACAAGAUGUAACGUUUACAAAACUGGAGACUGACCGUUUUCUAACACAAGCCUGAGAUACAAAAUACUACAUUCAAAAUCAUCUGGGCUAAUGUUUUUAUCAUAGUCAUAUCAUCACUACUUUUAUUUAAAUGUAUUUUUAAUUUAAUUGUUUUGGUAAUCUGAAGGAUGUCAGUGCAUGCCCUUAUCUUAUUUUUUAAUUGUAUCCAUACUGAGACUUUUUAUUUAAAAAAUAGUUUUUUCACAUUUUCUUUUUAUAAAACAAAUCUACAUUUGUAUUUUCCCGGAACAUGUAAAUAUUGUGUUAAAUAAUUAAAUGUUAACAACAUAUAUGUACUUAAAAACCACAUUGAUAGUUUAAUUGCCAUGUAAAUUGGACAGAGUCUAUUAUGAACACAUCAAAUAAUUGUAUAGUAUUGUAUUUUUUGUGUAACGAAUAAUAGGAGAUAUUAUUCAGUUUGUAAGUAAUAUAACAUCAAAUGAUCUGAUCUGUUUAAUUGUCGUACACUGACACACUUGUGUUUAUCUUGCGUGUGUAUGACCAUUCAGUCAAAUAUCUGAAAUUCAGGCAAAAAAAUCAGAUGAUAGAGCCUUGCCUUGUUUUCUUUCUUUUUUUUAAACUUGAUGUCAGAAAAGGGGAACAUAAUCAUGAGCAGUGUGUCCGUGUUGUUUCAUAUCUAAAAAUAUUCAAGAUUUUUGUGUCAUACUGUAAAAAAUAAAACUUUUCAUCAUUGAAACUGUGAAA